AUGACAACGUACAUUCCAGCUCUCACUUUGCCAGACUCGGUCUUCCUCAAGCCGGCUCUUUCGGUUUUACUACCCAUCGGCCUCGGCACAGCUGUUGGCUUCAGCGCUACUCAAACCCAAAAAACAUAUCUUGCGUUGAAGAAGCCCUCGCUGCAACCCCCACCAUGGCUAUUCGGACCUGUCUGGACUAUUCUCUACGGUGUCAUGGGAUAUGCCGCUUACCGAGUUGCUAACAUUGGUCUUUCUCCCUUCUCUUCUCCUGAGACUAUCGUCAACACCCGACAAGCCAUGACUGUUUACUCCAUUCAGCUUGGUCUUAACCUCAUCUGGACGCCUCUCUUCUUCGGCCUAUACCGCCCCAUCGAGGCCUCUGUUGACAUUAUAACACUCCUCGGAGUCAACGGUUAUCUCACCUAUCUCUACAGCUCCAUUGACUCUACUGCUGCUUGGUGCCAGGUCCCCUACCUUGGCUGGCUUACCUUUGCUACCUACCUCUGCACUACCAUUGGACAAUUGAACAACUGGGACCUCGCAAGCGGCGAGAUCAACAAGAAGGAGUAA